AUGAGCGGCUUCGAAGUUGUAGGUGUCGUGCUCGGUGCGAUCCCUUUGAUUAUCUCGGCCAUCGAGAUGUACAAAAAAACUAGUCGGCGGCUGAAGUUCGUUCAUCAAAAGGAAGCGCUUGUCAAUGAGUUGAUUCGGAGCCUACACGAGCAGCAUUGUUUCAUCAGAAGUGACCUCUCUUUGACACUAAAAGCCACUUCCCUCGAAGACAGGGACAUUGAAGUGCUACUUCAUCAACCAAGCUCCGAUCUAUUUCGCGACCAGGACAUUGAGUAUGAGGUCCAAGAGAAUCUUGGAGAUGGUUACAAGCCUUAUGUCGCAGCCCUAGCCCGCUGCGAGCAAAUAUUGAUGGAAGUAGCCCAGAGCUUGAGUGGGUUGACGUCAAAUAGUCAGGCCACCCUUUCAUCGCUUGUACAAGCGAACUCUCAAAGAAACGGAAUGUAUGAAUUCACCAGAAGAAUCAAAUUCAGUAUCGCCAAAGAUGAUAUCGAGCGUCAGAUAAGGGAACUUGAUAAAACUACAAUAAAUCUUGAAAGGAUUCGGCGUUAUGGAAAUUCACUGAUUGAGGUGACUUUUCCAUCAACUUCCAGAACAGUUUCAAAGAUAACUUCGUCUUUCGAUACGGUGGCCGAGCAUGCGCGCCGUCUCUACUCCGCGAUUGCUCUAGGAUAUACCGGAAACUGUCAUUCCGAACAUGAAGCGCAGCUCUUCCUCCAGCACAGAGCAGAUUUAUUAAAGAAGCCUAGGGCUCUCAAGGGGAUACCCCUUGCCUUUACAGUCGCUUUUGGCCCAGCUAUACCGGGCUCUUGCUUCAAGGCCGAGGUUAAGGUUAUGGAAGAGGAGCUGACUUCCUGCAUGGAUGGGUGA